UUGAGUCAUGCAGUAGCCUUGCAGCAGAAACCUCCCUUCUGAGAAGGAAAGAUCUUUCACACUAAAUAUUGUUUUACCACACUUGUGGCAGAGAGUACAAGACACGUUGCGGAGUAAAGAUCUCUAAAGUCUGUUCUAUGGCACUAAGCUAUCUAUCUUGUAUACAUUAAUAUGUUCGGCUGACUUAAGGAUCCCUGCAGUAGAUGAAGAGGACGUUGUAUUACCUGAUUCUCAGCUUGCUGUCGGUGUGCAUUUGUCAUGGCUGCCAAAACUUCACAAAGGACAAUUUAACAUUUAAUACUACGAACUUUGAAUAUGUGCUACAGUGGAGCAAAAUGGAUUUGGAACCAGAUGUAUCAUUCAAUGUCCACUACAAGAGAUAUGGUGAGAAAGAGUGGUUGUCACUUCAAGAAUGUCAAAAUAUCACCAGGAACUACUGCAAUUUGACAAAUGCAAUAUUCAAUGAUGAAGAGAACUUCAUGGCAAAUCAAUACUUUGGGCGAGUCAAAGCAUUUUCAACAAACUGUUCCUCUGACUGGGUCAUAUCAAAGAAGUUGGACCCAAAAGCUGACACAUAUCUGAUAUUGCCAAGACUGAACUUUAUUGAACAUGUCAAUUCCAUAACUAUAAUUAUUCCAACUCUGCCUGUGCCAAAGAGAAGUAUGGACAGUCAGCCAAUAACUGCCGAAGAGCUGUACGGAGAUGAUCUUUUGGCCUAUUAUCUGAGCAUUCUGAAGCCAGAGAAACCUGAAACAUGCCAAAAAAUCCAGAAAGACAGAAAAUUUGAAAUUUCCGGUUUGAGUCCUAACACUGAAUAUAAUGGAAGUGUGUACAUAUUGAUCGGUAACCAGAAGAAAAGUGCUGUUCAGAAAUUUGUAGUGAAAACACUUCCAGAUCAUUCAUUAUUCAUAUUGUUUGCUUGUCUGAUUACCAUUUUUGCUAUUGCCCUGGGUGCAGCAAUACUUUACGCAAGUUGUAAAUACGUUAAACGAGAAGUGAAAAAGCCAAACUCUCUUGAAUUUAGAAAAGUGACGACCUUUCCAGUAAUAAAUCCAGGAAAAGAUAAAGUGAUCAGUUCCUGCACUGUGGGCAUUUCUCCAGAAAUGUUGGUACAGAAUAAGCCAAGACAGAAAAUAUGCCAGGAGCUGUCUGGAGGCUCUGAUUUGGUAGCCUACGCAAGUCAGUUCCACGAUUCUACUAACACUACCUCCCAAAAGGAUACCACACUCCACAGUGAGUCCAUGUAUUGCCCUCAGAAAAAUAACAGCACGACAGACUCAUCGGAUCAUUACGGCAGUGUUUUCAAGGAUCAGAUAAAUAAUAGCCGGAAAUAUGUUCACAAUCCUACCACAGAUGUUUACAACAUGUCUUCUUAUGGUCCCCAAGCAGCUUUCCAAACAAACGUUGAUAAUUCUUUCCUGGACUAUGCCAGUGGAAUAGGCAGGGAGUUGGGAAAUAAUCUUUGCAAUUUUAACUUAUUGUUUCCUCUUCUGAAUCAGGAGCCAAAUACUGUUCUAGAUAUAAACCCAUCUCUUCCAUUAAUGUCAAGUGUUAUGGUGAGAGAUGGUUUUGAUUUUAUAGAACAGAUGGGACAAGAAGAUGAGCAUGCACCAACUUUAGACAAGCAACAAGAAGAAGACUUUGACCAUAGCUUAUUGGGACACAGAGAUAUCUCAUACAGCUCAAAGUGUCCUAUGGAAAAUUCUCAAUUAGAUAUUUUGGAUAAGACUUUCAUCUAUGAAAAACCAUACCAGAUGCAAAAUCUCUCUGAGAACUAAACAGCCAAGUGGCAUGGAACGCAAAAGCAAAAUCUUUCUCUAAUGGGCAAAACCAUGUGGAGUGCAGGGGGGCAGAUAUAAUGUGCACAGAGAGUUAGAUUUGGGUGGGGUGUGUUCAAACUGAAAUCUAAAUUGCAGUGUAAAAAUAAGGCAGCCAGCAUUUACCCUGCACAGAAACAAAAUAACCCACCCAAAUGUAAUUGUAAAGGUGGGUACACACUUAGCGAUAUAGUGAACUAUAUCGCUCAUCUUCCCCCUCCUGGGCAAUAUAGUUUACUAUAUUACCCGUGUGUAUGCUGCCGCCACCGAGCGAUGCACAAUCCUGCGGGUCGUUAAUGACUCUCAGUCUCUGCCGUGCAUGCAGCUCAAUUUGGACUCAUAGUCCAAUGUUGCAUGCUUUGGCAGGCCGCGGCAUGACAUCACUUUGCGAUAUUGCUUAGUGUGUACCCACCUUAACUCUCUCUGUACAUGUUACGUUUACACCCACCUGUAGUGCACAUGGUGUUGCACAUUAGAGAAAGAUUUUGCUUUUGCGAUCCAUGCUGUAUUAGGCCCAAUGUUUGGAUUAUACCUCAGAUAUUAUGGAUUCACUUAUGGGUCUACAUUAGACACAUUGGGAGGUAUUCAAUUGUUUGAAAAGUCAGUUGGGUGUCUGUUUUUUCCUAUCUAAUAGACAGGAAAAAACAGACACCCAACCAGCUUUUCAAACAAUUGAAUAUCCCCUAUUGAGUCCAUACUGGGUGUAGAAUCUGACUUACCCUGGUAAUUAUACUGUAUGUCUCAACUGGGGAGGGCUGGCUCUGUCUUGGAGACUUGCCUGUCCUUUGUUAUGGUUGGUUCAGAUUUUGUGUUAAUAAUGUUAGUUUAAAAAAAACAACAACAAAAAAACCUCAUAUAAGACCAAACAGUCUACCUCAGUGAUUUUCAACCUUUUUCAGUUCGCGGCACACCAAAAAGAUUUAAAAAUUGCCAAGGUACACCAUCGGUAGCCCACGGAAAAAUAAAACACACACAGGGAAAUUAAACAAACAUAUUUGUCACAAGCGAAAAAACACACACACAUUGGCCCUCAUUCCGAGUUGUUCGUUCGUUGCCGAUUUUCGCUAUAUUGCAAUUAGUCGCUUACUGCGCAUGCGCAAGGUUCGCAGAGCGCAUGCGGUUAGUUAUUUUACACAAAAGUUAGGUAUUUUACUCACGGCAUAACGAGGAUUUUUCAUCGUUCUGGUGAUUGUACUGUGAUUGACAGGAAGUGGGUGUUUCUGGGCGGAAACUGGACGUUUUCUGGGAGUGUGCGAAAAAACGCUGGCGUUUCUGGGAAAAACGCGGUAGUGUCUGAAGAAACGGGGGAGUGUCUGGGCGAACGCUGGGUGUGUUUGUGACGUCAAACCAGGAACGAAACUGACUGUACUGAUCGCAAUGGCUGAGUAAGUCUGGAGCUACUCAGAAACUGCUAAGAAAUUUCUAUUCGCAAUUCUGCUAAUCUUUCAUUCGCAAUUCUGCUAUGCUAAGAUACACUCCCUGAGGGCGGCGGCUUAGCGUGUGCAAUGCUGCUAAAAGCAGCUAGUGAGCGAAAAACUCGGAAUGAGGGCCCUUGUUCCCAACAGUUAUUAAAAUAAUGCAUAGUACUAUAACACACUGUCUGCCACAGUAAUUCCAUCACACUGUCCCCCAUAGUAAUUGCACACAUUGCCCCCCAUAGUAAUACCACCACACACACCGACCCCCACAGUAAUUCCACCAGACACACUGAUCCCCAUAGUAAUGCCACCAAACACACUGACACCCACAGUAAUGCCACCAGAGACACUGACCCCCAUAGUAAUGCCACCAAACACACUGACACCCAAAGUAAUGCCACCAGAGACACUGACCCCCAUAGUAAUGCCACCAAACACACUGACACCCACAGUAAUGCCACCAGAGACACUGACCCCCAUAGUAAUGCCACCAGACACACUGAACCCCAUGGUUACGCCACCACACACACUGUCCCCCAUAGUAAUGGCACUGCACACACUGUCUGUCAUAAUCAUAAAGCACUGGCCCAAACCUUUUUUUAUUUUCCCCCUUAGCGGCAGGAGCAGUGAGGAGCAGAGCAGCACAGGCCACAAAGGGAAACUAGACGAUACCCAGGUGGGAUAAUGAUGUGUACGUGACCUAUGAGUCACGUCGUACGGGUCACGGGCGGGCCCGCAGGAGAGCUGCCAUCUUCACUAUACAGUGACCGCAGAAGAGCUGCCUGUGCUGCCCAAUAGUGAUACUGUAAAUCAGUAUCACUAUCGGGCAGCGCAGGCAGCUCUUACACGGUCAUUGUAUAGUGAAGACGGUAGCAGAUGGGGACUGGCAGCAGGGAUCCCUGGCGGCGGCGGCACACUUGACAACCGCUGGCGGCACACCAGUAUGCUGCGGCACAGAGGUUGAAAAACACUGGUCUGCCUUCUAUACUUGCUGCAUACUUUCUGCAUAAAGACCUUGGGGUAUAUUUACUAAAAUGGGAGUUCUAUUUAAGAUAUCAGAUUCCAGGUGUUAUCUUCUAAAAGGUGCUAGAUCAAUGAGACGUAGAAUCUGAUUGGUUGCUAUGGGCAACAUCCCAUCUAACAUAGAACUCCCAUCUUAGUAAAUUUACCCCCUAGUGUUCUGUUAAUUCCUUGUGACUCAAAGAAUAUGUGAUUGUCUCUACUCUACUAAUCUGUGAUAUUUUAUGAUUUUCUGGACCUGUGAGAUUAUAUCAUGCCUGCAAAUAUAUAAUAUAUCAAAACA